AUGACCUACGUUACCUGCCUCACUAUCACGUUCUCCCUCACUUUCCUAUUGCAAGUCACAACAUGUAAGCCAAUUCAUGGUUGGGACCAGUCAGUCGAUGAAGAUGGAUUAGACAAUUAUGGCAAUGAAGUCUUUCUGGAGGACGAUUCUGGGUUUGUUUUCAACGCAUUUUUGGAAAGCGUAAAGGAUGAGUUCUUCCGGAGUGUAAACUUGUCGGAAAUCCCUUUGCAAGACCCGUUGCAAGAAGAUCCACCACAGUACAUGAUCGAUCUGUACAACAAGUUUGCCACCGACAGAUCGUCCAUGCCCUCUUCAAACAUUGUAAGAAGCUUCCGAAAUGAAGAUACAACAACGGUGCUCGCAGUAGGGGAGCGGGGGACGAGGAGGCACAUGCUAGUCUUUAACAUAACUAUCCCUCAGCAUGAAGAGAUCAUCACGGCCGAGCUGAGACUGUAUGCCUUCGUUGACAGAGACAGGAGGAUGCAUGAAGGAGUGAACAGGAUAGUCCGUGUUUAUGACAUGGAAGAGCCAGGGGAAAACUCGAGUGUGAUUUCUAUGCAGCCUCCGAUAUCUCUACUAGUCUCCAAACAGAUCGAUGACAAAGCCAGCGGAUGGGAAACGUUUGAUGUGACAGAUGCUGUCAAACGGUGGGUACAAUCCAACAAAACGACCCAUAAACUUGAAGUUCAUAUCGAGAGUGCCGAGGAGGUGGUUCCGGGGGCGGCAGUGCUACAGAACGAGCCGUUACUGGUGGUGUUCUCCGACGACCCGAGGCACGGGCAAGGGGACGAGAUGAAGGAAAUGCUGGUGCAUGAACAGGAAGUCGCACUGGAAGAGCUGGCUGGGAAGUCGCCGGCCCGCGGCCGAAACCUAGACCUGUUCAAACCCCAGGCCAAGCUCUCGCGGGACUCCUCGUCACGAACCCGCAGGAGUUCCAAAGGGAACUACUGCAAGCGCUCUCCUCUGCAUGUGGACUUCACCGAGAUCGGCUGGAACUCCUGGAUCAUCGCCCCCAAGAGUUACGAGGCCUACGAGUGUAGAGGGAUCUGCUAUAUUCCACUCAGCGACCACGUCACGCCCACAAACCACGCCAGGAUCCAGACCUUGGUGAACCAUUGGAACCCCGAGAAAGCUUCCAAGGCGUGUUGUGUCCCCACCAAGCUGGAACCCAUCUCCAUAUUGUACAAGAACAAUGCCGGCGUGACUACCUACAAGUAUAAGUACGAGGGGAUGGUGGUGGCGGAAUGUGGCUGCAGAUAGUGAGAAAUGUGUGUGUACACACACACAUACACAGACACCGACACAUGUAUACAUAAUGCACAGAACACAUACACACCCCACAUGUACGCACAAUACAUAUACAAGCCUACUUGUAUACACAGUACAACACACAUAAAUGCAACGCAUACACACUCUACACUCCACGACGCACAGCACAUACACACGCACACACACUUCAUAUACACUGUCCACACACGCCACACGCAAAUAUACGUACACCAUAAUACAGUACACGUACAUACGCCACAUCACACGCACCGCAUACACACUGAUUUUUGUAAAUCUGUACAUUUGGGAUGCAAAUUUAUAUAUUUGUUUAUUUAAUGACGAGUUAUGUACAGCUGGCCAGUAUACAUGGUUAAACCUUACAUCUUG